AUGACGAAGACCGAUGAUAAUAACGGGGAUGAUCAAGCUGCCCAGGCGGGUAAGAAACGCAAGGCUGACGAGAUGGAUCGCGAGGCCAAGGAGCAGGGAGAGCGCCCAAGGGUCGUGGAAGUCAUCCCUAACGGCGAUGUGACUUUCAAGGUUGGAACUGGCGAAGAGGCUUGCGACAUCAAGGCAUCUGGCGUGGUUGUCAGCCUAGCAUCUGAAGUCUUCUCCUCGAUGUUGUCCUCGAACUUCACUGAAGGCCGAACAAAAGUCAUUAGCUUGCCGGAAGACGACCCGCAGACUGUUUUGACCUUCUGCCAAAUCGUCCACCACAAAGCAGAGAAUCUCAAUCACCUCGAGCCCGAAGAGCUCAACAAUUUAGCUGUCUUCGCUGACAUGCGGCUUUGUACGUCGGCGUUGAGACCCUGGGUUGUCAUGAGACUUUCACCACUUAUUGAGCGGCUGGACCACAGAAGUCCGAAGUUUUGGCAACACCAGGAAGACGAGCAGCAAGCGGGAGAUGGGGACGGAUAUGCGCGAGAUGACCUUGAGCGGCUCCUCCCCGUUAUGCUGCUGUUUCAGCUGGAAGGGAUGUUUUGGAAGUCUACCCGGUUCCUGAUUUGGUCCACCAAACCUUCCAAGCCUCGUCAAGAGCAGAAUGAGAAGACGGAAUCCUCGAUAUACGACGUUGUCUAUGAUGCUGUUUUACAGUCUGCGCGCACUUGCAUCACGUCGCUCUUCGCCUCCGUUCUGGAAUGUGUCGAUAGAGGGUUCGGAGGUAGCAAACAGAUCCCAUCGUGUCAAAUCAGAAAAUAUGGCUUCUUGAUGUGCGCCCUGAAGUUCAAGAAGGUCAGAAUCGAUAUGGAAAUCCACCGGGACCAGUCUGUGCAUAGCGUUUCAGUUGCAGUCAAGGACAUUGCGUGCCGGCUUCGACAGUCGAACGCGUUGAAGGAUCAAAUGGAGGGCGAUGGAUGCACAUUUCGCACAGACAACCCGUGCAGAUUUUGCUCCCGGGAUGUUGCGAGCGACCUGGAAGAAACCGUGGACGAGUUUCUCGACGAGGUCCCGGGGAUCUGCCUUGGGUGCUACUUGAACAAGGGAAAGGUACUCUUGACGCUUGCUGAGUUAUGCGACCAUAGCAUACAGGAAAAGGAAUAG